UUUCUGUAAUUAAAUAAUCCUAAAAUAUGCAUUCGAUAAAGAAACUUUGCAAUAUAUUUAAUUUAAGUAACUUGAGACAAUUUCAUGUCUGCUUGUACAGUUCUUCGGAAAAGAGUAUAAUCAUUGAUCAUAUGGAUUAUAUAACAGUUAUAGGAAUUAAUAGACCACAAAAGCGUAAUUGUAUUGAUAGAAGCACUGCUGCGUUAUUGACUGAAGCAAUAACAAAUUUUGAGAAUGAUAAUAAAUCGAGAGCUGCAGUUUUGUAUGGCACAGGGGGAAAUUUCUGUGCAGGAAAUGAUUUAGAUGAAUUAGCAAAUAGUAAUGAAGACAAUUUUAGAAAUUACUGUAACAAUGGAUUGCUGGGACCUACUCGAAGGUUUAUUAAGAAACCUAUUGUUGCUGCUCUUAGUGGUUAUGCUGUGGGUGGAGGUUUAGAACUGGCUGCUAUGUGUGACUUGAGGGUAAUGGAAGAUACAGCCGUUUUAGGACUUUAUAAUAGAAGAUUUGGUAUGCCAUUACUAGAUGGGGGAUCUGUAAGACUCACAGCAAUGCUUGGUAUCUCAAGAGCAUUAGAUCUUAUAUUGACAGGAAGAUUAUUACAUGCAAAGGAAGCUUUGGAAUGGGGUUUAGUAAAUAGGAUUGUAGACUGUGGAACAAGUUUAGGACAGGCUGUAAAUCUAGCAACUUGUUUAAUAAAGUAUCCUCAGAAGUCAUUGCUUGCUGAUCGUAAAUCUGCUUAUAAUGCUGCUUAUAAAACAGCUUAUGUGGAUUUAUUGGAGUUUGAGAGAGAAAAUGGAUUGAAAACUUUAGCUGAGGCAAAAGAGGGAGCUAAAUUAUUUAUAUCUGGUUAUGGCAAACAUGGAAAAUCUUUCACUUUAUUAGAAAAGGAUAUUCCAGACUGGGAAUUAGAAGAUAAUCAACACAAAAGUUAAUAAUAAAAAUUAAUGAAUGAACAUUUUGCAGCCUGAUUGUUGAAAUAGCUGUAUUGUGGCUCAUCGAUUUCAUGAUUAACAUGUGAUAGCUUAAAAAAUUGCCCUUUAAAUUUUCUUUCCAUAUAUAAAAUUGCCCCAGCUGUAUCUUUUAGCAGUGAUAAGUUAUUGAUUGUUUAAAGAUUUUAACAAAAAAUACAAGCAAACAAUCUUAUUUUAAUCAUCAAAAUUUUCCCUAAUACUUCUUAAUUUACUUACUGAAGUGCAACAACAAAUAUUCUAUUAAACUGUAAAAUUAAAUUUCCAAUU